AACAAAAAGUUAAUAAAUUAAGCAAGUAUAAAAUGUAUACGCAACGCAUGUUUGAUAUGUGGAACAGCGUUACAUCCAAACUGGAAGCGCACGCCAACACAUUGGGACAAAGUAAUGUACAAUCGCCCGGACAAAAUAACUCAAGUGGAUCAAUAAAAGCUCAAAUCGAAAUAAUACCAUGCAAAGUAUGUGGUGACAAAUCAUCGGGUGUUCAUUAUGGUGUUAUAACCUGUGAGGGCUGCAAAGGUUUCUUUCGACGUUCACAAAGUUCUGUUGUUAAUUAUCAGUGUCCCCGUAACAAGCAAUGCGUUGUCGAUCGUGUUAACCGUAAUCGGUGUCAAUAUUGUAGACUGCAAAAGUGCCUCAAAUUGGGAAUGAGCCGAGAUGCUGUAAAAUUUGGUAGAAUGUCUAAGAAACAAAGAGAAAAAGUCGAAGAUGAGGUGAGAUUUCAUCAAGCACAGAUGCGGGCUCAAAGUGAUGCGGCACCUGAUAGUUCUGUAUUUGAUACACAAACGCCGUCUAGUAGUGAUCAACUGCAUCAUAGUUAUAAUGGCUAUGGCUAUUCAAGCAAUGAAGUCAGUUAUGUCAGUCCCUAUGGAUAUUCAGCGUCCGUGACCCCGCAACAGACAAUGGCCUACGAUAUAUCAGCCGAUUAUGUCGACAGUACCACAUAUGAGCCACGAAGUACAAUGAUGGAUCCCGAAUUUAUCAGUCAUGCAGAUGGUGACAUUAAUGACGUUCUCAUAAAGACCUUGGCGGAAGCUCAUGCAAAUACAAAUACCAAAUUGGAAGUUGUGCAUGAAAUGUUUAGAAAACCCCAGGACAUCUCAAGAAUACUUUAUUAUAAGAAUCUAGGCCAACAGGAACUGUGGCUGGACUGUGCGGAAAAGUUAACUCAAAUGAUACAAAAUAUAAUCGAAUUUGCCAAAUUAAUACCCGGCUUUAUGCGUCUAAGUCAGGAUGAUCAGAUCCUACUGCUAAAGACCGGUUCAUUUGAGCUGGCGAUUGUACGGAUGUCACGUUUGUUGGAUCUCUCGCAGAAUGCGGUGCUGUAUGGUGAUGUUAUGCUGCCGCAGGAAGCAUUUUACACAUCCGACUCGGAAGAAAUGCGACUGGUGUCACGUAUUUUCCAAACGGCUAAAUCAAUAGCCGAACUUAAAUUGACUGAAACUGAAUUGGCUCUGUAUCAAAGUUUGGUCCUGCUGUGGCCAGAGCGUAAUGGUGUGCGCGGUAAUACGGAAAUCCAGAGGCUUUUCAACUUAAGUAUGAAUGCAAUAAGGCAGGAACUGGAGGCCAAUCAUGCACCACUCAAGGGCGAUGUGACGGUACUCGAUACACUACUCAAUAAUAUUCCCAACUUCCGUGACAUCUCCAUAAUGCACAUGGAGUCGUUGAGUAAAUUUAAACAACAACAUCCAAAUGUGGUAUUCCCUGCCCUGUACAAGGAACUCUUUUCCAUAGACUCACCCCAGGAUCUCACAUAACAGCAACCGGUGUAUGAUGAUACCACCACAACAACCGACCUAGCAGUCGAGACUGCAACACCAACCGCUUUAUCAUCAGCAGCAACAACAAUAAUAACAACAUCAGCAGCAGCAACAGCAUCAGCUAAUAAUACUGCUUUAGUAGAAA